CCCCAGUGUGAUUGGCCACAAUGGAGAAUGGCGCAUUUUGAUUUUUUCAACGUACAAAAAAUGCGCAACAUGAGAGAAAAAAAUGAGGCGAAAUCAAAACCGCGUAACAGCCGCGCAGCUCAUUUGGAUUCAUGCCGAUGGGUAUAUAAGGGCGAUGCCGCGGACCUCGCUUCACUUCGCCUUUUCUUUUUUCCCUUCCACUCUAUAAUUUUUGUAUUUUCAUACACCUUUUUUAAACACACACAACUCUUAUAAAUCAUGUCUGGCCGCGGAAAGGGAGGAAAGGGACUCGGAAAGGGAGGAGCCAAGCGUCACCGCAAGAUUCUUCGUGAUAACAUCCAGGGCAUCACCAAGCCCGCCAUCCGCCGUCUCGCUCGCCGUGGUGGUGUCAAGCGUAUUUCGGGUCUCAUCUACGAGGAGACCCGCGGUGUCCUCAAGGUUUUCCUCGAGAACGUCAUCCGUGACGCCGUCACCUACACCGAACACGCCAAGCGCAAGACCGUCACUUCCCUCGACGUGAUCUACGCUCUCAAGCGCCAGGGCCGCACUCUGUACGGCUUCGGCGGUUAAACACCAUGACCAACCUUUUAAUCACUUCUUUAUCUGUUGUAAAUUUUAUAAAGCCCAAAAGCAAAAUAAAUAUUUUUGGACUAUUUCA